UCUUCUUUUUGACAUCAAAGCAAUCGAUAUUGGGCCGCCUCAUCAAAUAACGCGUUAAAUAUAAACGCAACGGCGCCAAAAAAUCGAUUUUCACCUCAUUCUGUCGACCGCGGCAGCUGAUCCGAUUUGUCGCAGCUCUAGAUAGUGAUUUUAGGCAAAAAUUCCCAAUAUAUCGAGUUACCAGAAUGACUGCAAACUCGACAUUUCACAUGUGGAAUUUGACGAUAAAUGCUAGUACCUGGUUUCCACCAGAUGCGACACCAAAUGCGACAACGGCACCGCCAGUCACAGGGGUAUCUCAAGUUUACGUUAUCCUUGGUACGCUCUUCUUCUCCUUAAUUAUCGUGGUUGGUUUAGUUGGAAAUACCCUCAUAGUGGCGACACUAUCUCGUUGGUGGGAAAUGAGAACACCAUGCAAUUUACUUAUCGCAAACAUCUGUGCUGCAGACCUAGGAGUUUGUGUUCUUGCGGCGCCAUUAAGAAUCAUCGAGUUUUAUCUUGGUUGGCCUUUCGGAGACGCGCUGUGCCAAAUUUUGUUUCCCCUCCAAGAUGUUUUCGUAUGUGUAUCAGUUGUCACACAGACUGUGAUCGCCGUGGAGAGGCAUCGAGCCAUUGCCUCACCAUUCAAGCCGACCCUUUCUCUCCGACGCGUCAGUAUGAUAGUUCCAGUAAUGUGGGUGGCCUGUUAUGCGACAGCCGGUGUUCCGAUGCUGCUCUUCAUCAAGGUCACUUUGUUUCCCGAUAGGCUGUUCUAUUGUUUUCCAGUUUUCUCCAGUGAUGGUUACAGAAUCGCAUACGAGGUGUACCUUGUGAUUUUGUUCAUUACCUUACCAUUGGUGGUCCAGAGCGUGGCUUACUUCGACAUCAUUCGUUUGCUCAGAGCUAAAGACGAAAUGCAGGUGCCGAACUCUUCCAUGAGAAAGACAAUCAAUGAUCGAGUCCGACAGAGAAAGCACUUGGUUAGGAUGUUAGUGGUGUUGAUGUUGGCUUUUCAAAUUUGCUAUCUUCCUCGUGGCGUGAUUAUGUUGCUGCAUGAAUUUAGCCCAGAAACAACGUUGAAGCCGGACUUCAUGUAUGUAAACCUUAUUACAUUGGCGAUGUACUACAUAAAGCACGUGAUCAACCCGGUAAUUCUUUCAGCGAUGAGCAACGAUUUUCGCUCCGGUUGCUUAAACAUUUGUUCAUCGGAAAGCAAGCAGUUGCCGUUCAUGCGAGGCAGCCGUUAUAUGACCAGUCGUCGAGCUACGAUGCGAAGCACUGCACAGAACAGAAAAUAUCAUUUCAGAUCACCCAACGAAUAGCACAGAUACAAAAAAUAUCCUUUGCAAGAACCAGCUCUCGUUAGAUUCGUGGUGGUGUGUUACUGAAAGCUAGA